CACAAAAGGAGGGCAGGAGAGCCGUAUCAGAUUACACACCAAUCUCCGUGAAGAGACAUGAAACGAGUACGAAUGGGAAGUUUGUGAACCGGGACUCAAUGUGUUAACAUCUCUUACCUGUGUGAGGAAUGCGCCAGGUACCAGCGGACAGAAGAUCACAACUUCAGAUCUGACCAUCAUGCCGGGCCACAGUUCUCUUCUCUCCUUCAUCCUGGUGACGGUUCUCAUGAUGCUGGUUUCUGAAGUUCAUACCCAAGGUCGACUGAAACUGACCGUUCUGUCUGAAGAUCGGCUGCAGAUUAAGUGGAAGGAAGCAGAAGGUCCAGUUCAGGGCUACAAGGUCCGAGUACGGCCCAUUACAGAAGUUCCUCAGCCAGAGCUGAUGCUGACGACCACACAUGGUCGAGCCACGGUGGCAGGAUUGGACUCCAGACAGGAAUAUCUGCUGCAAGUCCUGGUGCUCAAUGGAACACAAGAGAAACUCAUAGCCAAGAGACGCUUCACCAUUGAUGGGUUGCGUGAGGAGGAGUUGAUUCGCAAUGGGAACAGAGAACAGAAGAAGAAAACACAUGCCAUCGGUUCUGGCUCUGGUGAGGAUGAUGACAUCACAGAGGCUCUUGCUGCCCUGCCCACGGUGCUCUACAGAAAACCAACAACUACAGCUUCACCUGAGCUUGAGCCAGAAGCUAAAGACAAGAAAAAGAAGAAGGACAAGAAUCGAUCCAAGACUGAAGAUAAAAGUGAUCCAGAAGAAAACCGACUGAAGCCUGUAAGAGAGGAGAUCACCAACACUGACAAAACAAGGAAAACCACCCCAACCCAACCUGUCACAGCUGUAUCCACGAGAAAGCCGUUUGAGUGCGGUGCCGGGGCAAAGGCAGAUGUCGUUCUGUUAGUGGACGGAUCCUGGAGCAUUGGCCGCACCAACUUCAGAAAGGUUCGUGACUUCCUGGAGGGCAUGGCCGUUCCUUUUCACAUCAGUCCAGAGGGCGUGCAGAUAGCAUUGUCGCAGUACAGUGGAGAUCCACGCACAGAGUGGAACCUUAAUAACUUCACCUCCAAAGAGCCGCUACUGGAGGCCAUCAGGAACUUCAGAUACAAGGGAGGAAACACUUUCACAGGUCAGGCUCUCAUUCAUGCUCUUGAAAACAACCUAAAAGAGGAGGCCGGAGCUCGACCCGACACACCACAGUUCCUGCUGCUGCUGACUGAUGGGAAAUCUCAGGACGAUGCGAUCGCUGCAGCCAAUCGGCUGAAGAAUGCUGGUGUGGAGAUCAUUGCUAUAGGUGUGAAGAAUGCAGAUGAGGCAGAGUUGAGGCAGGUGGCGUCAGAGCCUCUCGAGCUCAAUGUGUAUAAUGUGAAUGAUUUUCCUCUACUCAGUAAACUAGUUGGAAGACUGGCACGCAUCCUUUGUGGCAAGAUUGAAGACCGUAUUAAAGCCAAGAGAAUGGAGCGGCCCACUGAGGACCCAGUUCUGUCUUACCCCAGGCCAACUGAUCUACAGUACGAGUCAGUAGGUUCGAGGGAGGCGCGUUUGCGCUGGAUACCACCUAGCAAAAGUCCAAAGCAAUACAGACUGGUUUAUCACACAUCUGAAGGACAAGGUCUGAUGGAGAUGGUGGUGAAUGGAUCAGAUUCAACAGCACUGCUGACAGGACUGACUUCACAGACACAGUACCAUCUGUCUAUCUUUCCUGUCUAUGAAAACAACGUAGGUUCUGCUCUAAGAGGAACUUUAACUACACUGCCAUUGGCCAUGCCUAAAGCUCUGGAGGUCACAGCAUCCUCCCCCAGCAGUCUGCGUGUACGUUGGCAGCCGGCUGCAGGAGCCACACAGUACAUGGCGCUGUACUCGGCACUCACUGAUGGAGAACCCGAUGAUGCCAAAGAAGUGAAGUUUGGACCUGCUCAGACGGAUGUGGAGCUGGUGGAUCUGAUGCCAUCCACAGAUUAUUCAGUCACUCUUUAUGCUUUAUAUGAUGAAGACCCCAGCGAUCCAGUCACUGCCCUCGGCACCACCUUUCCGUUGCCGACUCCUCUCAGUUUGCAGUUUCCCAUGGUCAGUCACAGCACUCUAAAGGUCACAUGGGUCCCUGGAGCUGUCGAUGUUCCCUCCCACCGUAUCAUCUAUAGCACCAAUCACGGCAGUGAUGUGAAACAGGUGGAAGUCAGAGGAGUGAACACAGCGUUGCUGCAGAAUCUCGCUUCAUUAUCAAGGUAUCUGGUGUCAGUGCAGUCGCUCUAUGAGAAAGGCUUAUCCACUCCUGUCACAGCCAAUGUCACUACAUUGAAGGUACCGGCACCCUCAGAUCUGAGGGUCACUAACUUCUCUGGCAGUGACAUCACCGUGCGAUGGGAACCUGCGGCGGACGACGUGGUCUCGUACCUCAUCAAAUGGAUCUCCCUUAGUGGAGGAGACCUCAGACAGCUUACAGUAGAUGGGGAUAGUGAGGGUGCUAUUUUGGAAGGGGUCGAGGAGGACAAUGAAUAUCAGAUCUCACUGUCUGCAUUAUAUGCUGAUGGGGCUCAGAGUGAGGCAGUGGCAAUACGAUAUAGCACCUUAUCAGGAGGCGGUCCCAGCAGUUUAUCCAUCUCAGAAGAGACUGCAGUCAGUAUGGUGGUCACUUGGGUUCCCCCCAAUGCUCACGUUCUGCAGUAUCGUGUGUCGUACACCCCCCUCACCGGGGACGCAAAGGAGAACACAGUGUCAUUGCCAGGCAGCGAGAAGCGCAUCCUGCUGCAGAAUCUGCAGCCCGACACACGCUACAGUAUCCUGGUGACUGCCGAGUACCGUAACAGGGAGGGCGGGAGUGCCACAGCUCAGGGGAGGACCACUAGUCUGCGGGUGAGCAGCGUGAGUGUCAUGCGGUCCGAUCACUCAAGUAUCUGCGUUUCCUGGAGGCCUGUACCUGCUGUCAGCCAUUAUCGCAUAGUCAUCCAGGCCCUCAGAGAUAAACAGACUAAGGAGGAGACAGUGGACGCCUCAAGCAGCAGUCACUGUUUCUCUGAGCUACAGGCUGAAACAGUGUAUCGCAUCAGUGUUCAUUCUCGUCUGGGAACAGUAGAGGGCGCUGGUGUCACUAUUCUUCACCCCACAGCAACCGCUCCAGUGAGGAUUCAGGUUCCCCCUAGACUGCAUCCUGUACAAAGGGAAGUGUGUCCUGAGAUGGUAGUCAGAAAUCAUGUAGUUAAAGGUUUCAACAUGAUGGAGUCAUUUGGUCUGACUCAGCGAGCUCACUCCACCGUUGAGGGGGUUGCAGCUGAACCAUUCAUCUUUAACACCUUACCAAGUUACACCCUCUAUAGAGACGUACAACUUACCCAAAGCACUGGCUUCAUUCACCCGGCUGGCUUUUCUCCAGAACACACCAUCAGCAUGGCCUUCAGACUGCUGCAGGAUUCACCGAAGGAGCCCUUCGCCCUCUGGCAGCUCACCGACAACGACUUUCAACCUAAGAUGGGAGUGGUGCUGGACCCUGUGAAGAAGUCGUUGCUGUAUUUCAGUCUGGACUAUAGAGGGGAGAUACAAGAACUGACCUUCGACCAGCCACAAGUUCAUUCUGUCUUUUACGGCAGCUUUCAUAAGAUUCAUUUGUCCGUCAAUCAGGUGAGCGUAUCACUGUCUGUAGAUUGUCAGCGGGUGGGUGAGAGACCUGCCCGUCCACUGGGAACUGUGCCCACUGAUGGUUUUGAAAUGCUGGGCAAGCUAGUGAGGACACGCGGACCUCACAGUGGAUCUGCAGCUUUUCAGCUGCAGGCUUUUGAAAUAGUCUGCAACACUACCUGGCCAUCAGAAGAUGACUGCUGUGAUCUGCCCUCACAGAGGGACGAGGAGAGCUGUCCAGAACCUGCUUAUGCGUGCACCUGCACCAGCAAUGUUUCCGGAGCACCUGGAGAUACAGGUCCACCUGGGAAACCUGGUCCUCGGGGAGAGAAGGGAGAGAAAGGAGACCUGGGACAGAAGGGUGAAAUGGGCCCACCGGGAAAACCAGGACCUGAGGGCAACUUUGGCUCUGUUGGAGCCGCUGGUCCACGGGGAAUAGCAGUAAUGGGAAAAGUGGGUCCGCCAGGAGCGAGAGGUGAAAAAGGAGAAGUUGGAAGACCUGGUAGUCAGGGUUUACCAGGGCCUCCUGGUCCAAAAGGUGAAGAGGGCAGCCCUGGUCCUAAGGGUACCAGAGGAUUGGAGGGUAACAUCGGUCCUCCAGGAAUUACAGGGCCAAGAGGUUUUCAAGGUAUGCCUGGCCAUCCAGGACCAGCAGGAGAAAGAGGGCCAUUUGGGCUUGUAGGGCCCACGGGGCUUCCUGGAAGCAAAGGUGAAAGAGGAGAGAAGGGAGAGCCACAGUCUCUUGCCAUGAUCUAUCAACUUGUUACACAAGCCUGUGAAAAGCUUGUACACAGUGAGGUGCUGAAGUUGGAUGCAUUUCUGAAUGAGAUCAAUCGACAGCCAGUGCCCAUCCAGGAACCAGUAGCACCACCAGGAGAGCCAGGCUUACCGGGGGGAAGGGGGCCGCCUGGAUCACGCGGAUCUCAGGGAAGACAAGGAGCCAGAGGGGGACCUGGGAAACCUGGGUACCCUGGUGAACAGGGGCGCAGAGGUAUGCCUGGUGAAAAGGGCUCUCCGGGGUCCAAUGUCCUGGGACCACAAGGAAUAAAAGGACUUGCAGGACCUCCAGGUGAAAGCAAAACGGGUGAACCAGGCCCCAAAGGAGAAGAUGGUAAAGCAGGACCUCCAGGUAUUCCAGGAGCACCGGGACAGCAAGGUGAAAUGGGUCCUCCUGGUGCAUGUGACAACAGUGGAUGUUAUCAAGGAGCUCCUGCUGCAGAGGAUCCAUACUUUGGAUACCAGCCUUGAGUUGAGAAAUCGGUGAAGUUACUUGGGUGUCAUUUUAGCACUGCCACAAUCAUCUCUCCUUGUGUAUUCAGAAAAGGCAUUCUGGGGAAGUAACAUAUAAACUGAUUCUGCCAGGGAAUGACUUUAAAUGAGCCUGAACAUUGAGUCGGUACCUAAAUGAUAACUGAUCUUACACCCAUACUGAGAUCACCAAAGAAAGCACUGAUCAUUCUUGACUCCUGUUUAUGUUACGCGGUAUUCAGUCUGAUCCGCUGCUACAGGACAACAGCAGAUUCUUGUUCUGCUCGAAGAUGAUGUGGUCACAACAUACUCAGACUCUGUUUUAAAGAGGUAGACAUUUCGGUUACCAGACGAGUAACUUGUGUGUUACUGAAUAACAGCUAGAAUCCGCACUAAGAAUAUUGUACUUUUUGUAUAUUAUUGUAUUUAAUGCACUACAUGUGUUUUAAAUGUAUAUUGUUGAAGGCAUAUUGGUUUAAAUACUUUCUAUUCCAGUUUUUUAUUCUCUGUAUGUUUUUAAGUAUUUUUUUUUUAAUAUAAAAUAUGCAAUAUUUUGCCAGAGCAGUAUGCUAUUAUAAAAUACACUGUGAUUUUAUAUUAUUUGACUUUUCUACAUAUAUGCUGUCCACAUUAUUUUAUUUAAUCAUACACGUGAAUUGUUUGUUUAUUUACUCAUUGUUUAGUGUUCAUGUACAGAUUGUAUGAAAUUGAACUGAGAUUGAAAAAACUGUGGUUUGAGGUAAUUUCUGUCCAUGGUUGUGCCAGUAAAAAUAAUAACACUUCAAAUUUACUACAAAAUAAUAUAAAAUAAUGAAAUGUAAACAUCAGAAAUUUAACUGGAUAUCUGUGCAGUGUGAGCCGAACAUUUCUAAUAGCCUAAAUAUCUUUUCAAUAAAGACAGAUUAAUUGA